AUGGCUCUGCCUAGCAACAGUCUGGUAGAGCAGAUGUCACAGCUGGAUGCAGCUCGAAAUCUCGUUCUCGGUGACGCUGCUCUCUAUCCUCAAAUCGUCCACGGCAUAUUACCUAUAAUUGGAACCAAUGCGCGGUUGGAGCUACGAAGAUGGGGUGCUGAGUUUCUCACAGAGACCUUUUCGAGCCCUGCCUUCCCCCAGCAACCGAAGCAGAAAUUAGCUACUGAGGUUCUCGGUGCGAUUAUGGAUUUAUUGAAUACUCCUGAAAAUGAUGAGGCUGUUGUCCGUGGUGCCAUCAUGACGGCUGCGAGCAUCUAUGUCCUCAUAUUUAGACAAAUUGUGAACCACCCUGACCAGGCAACGUUAUGGGAAGCUAUGACGACGAUAAAACAUACUAUACUGAGGAAGUGGGACGCGUCUUCACAUGGAGUUAAGAUAUGCUGUAUCAAGUUCGCGCAGAAGGUUGUCCAGGUACAAACCCAGGGACCGAUAGCUGAUCCAAGACGACCUGAGAAAAACGAGACUUCCCUAGCAAUUGUCCCUAGGAAUCAUCCACUCCUCGCUAUACCUAACAUUGAAGCAGAGACGUCUGGACUACUGGAUAGACUACUCAACGUCUUCCAUGAAAAUUCAAGAAGAAACAGCGAUCCCGUCCUAAUAAACGCAACCCUCAACUCGAUUCCGGUUCUAAUUCGUACCCGUCCAUCCAUCUCAAACAAGAUCAUAACCGCCAUCUUGAACUUCAAUCCUCUCAAACAAGCGAACGCGCCACUUACACCAACAACCAAAGUAAACAUUAAGUCUAUGGAGAGGACAACAAGAGCGUUAUUGUUAAGUAUUAUUAAAAAGUUCGUAGAGCAUACCCUCAGUAAUUCUCCGACAAGGGCCCCGACCCAUCCCUUGGCUGGGCGUAUCCAACAAUACAUUGAACGGCUCGCACAGUCACACAACGAGAUCUUAGAGGAAGCGUCACGGAAGCGCGCUCUACCAGCAGAACCAACCGACGUAGUAGACAGUGCCAAACGUGCAAGACUUGGCCUAGAAACUCCGCCUCAGCAUAAAAUUCCUCCACUUCCUCCAGGCCCUACAAGUUUCGGACAACUGUUUACCCUUACAGAGGAUGUCGGUUUAACUUCCUUUGAUGUGAAGCAGCUCCCAGUAGACUUGGUAGUAAAAAUCAUUAUUCCGGUAUUGACCCGGGUGGAGGGCGAAGCCUUAGAUCAGGCUAUAGGGGCUGUUCGAUCUCGAUAUGAGACUAUCUGCAAGAAGCAAGUAUUUGAGAGGCAGAACCAGGCCGCGAGCGCGCCGGCAGCUGCCGACGACGACGAUGAUGAUUACGAGCCUGAGUACCAGCCCAUGGAUAUCCCUGUUCCACCUACGGCUAUUGUCAAACCUGAGGCGCCUGCACCAGAGCCAUUACCUGAUAUCGUCUCGCUAGGGCCAUUUGUAUUGCCGAAGCCACCACCUCUAUCCUCGGAGGAUGUCGAACAUCUAGGCAAGGAGACCGUCAGCAGAAUAUUUGCCAUGAUCUCUACUCUCCCGCAAUCCUCAAAGGCCGUUGUCAAUAACCCUUCACAGUCCAUCGGUUUUGGAAGACUAGCUGCUAGCUCUUCCGAUCGGGAGUCAUGGCUCACAUUGCUGACGAGACUUGCCACCCGCUCAUCUGCCGGCCUCGAGAGCGAAGAGAGCCACGAUUCUCAAAAAGGCCCUGGGAAGCAGAACAUUGCUAAUAGCAUCCGCAAUAUCCUCUAUCGCUAUGUCCUAGAAGAUUUCAGAGCUCGCAUGAACUUUGCAAUCUCUUGGAUGAAUGAGGAAUGGUAUAAUGAUCAAAUACAGUUGAAGAAUACUAGCUCUCAGAUUGAGGCAGACCCGAACAAUCCCUAUGUGCCGACUCACUAUAGUCAGUGGUCGUUGAAACUCCUUGAAGGCAUGCUUCCAUACCUCGAUGCUAAGGACAAAGUGCUCAUACGGUUCCUGAGUGAACUACCAGAGCUGGACUCUUCUCUGAUCCAGAAAGUGAAAACCCUAGCAAACGACCCAGAGAGAGUUAAUCUAUGUAUCCAGGCUUUACACUACCUUGUUAUUGUCCGACCUCCCGCCAGACAGCUCUGCUUAGAUGCACUAGUCGACUUAUACCAGACAAUGGAAGAAACUCGCCCCCUGGCUACUAAGAUUCUCCUGAAAUGGAAACCAGAUGCCCUCCCCGAACAAGCUAAGCAGACACUAACCCGAGAUCCUCGCCGUAAUCCUAACUCGCCCAGCGCAACCCCCGUGCCUCAGAAUAACACUGUCCCCGCUUCUCAAAAUAACGGCACCUCGAUCCAAGCAGCCAGGGCCGGCAUAACCUCUUCCUAG